AUGACCAAAAAAGAGUCCCUGAUUUUUGGGAGCGAGAAUGAGACUCAUUGUUACCGUUUCCUUUUCUUUUCCUUUUCGGGACUCAUUCUUCUCUCUCUUAUUCUCUAUCUAUCAAUAUUCAUAUUCAUCACUCUUACUGCAACCCAACCUUGUAUUCUUUUUCCGCUCUCAUCUCUAGGGUUUUAAUUCCACCCUCAAUUCUCUAAUCAUUAAUCAUUGAUCAAUCUUCCAGGACACCAUUCAUUCAUUCCUUUGUCAUUUCUUUUUUAUUCUUCUUCAUUCCGAUCUCGAUUCAUAGCAUGGCGUUUGAUCAAAAUUCCAUUCCGUUGAACGCGGCCUCGGCGGUGGCCGAGGAGCCGCUGAUUUCUCCGGCCACCGUCACGCCGCCCACUCCGAAUUCCGUCGGGGAGCUUUUCUACCCGCCCUCGGACUCCGCAACGUGGUGCGUCCACCCCAUUGCGCAUCAUGCCGACGUCAGCCCCGCGGCGGCGCCGUUUGGGUCUAACUACGGCGGUUCCAGUUUCGGAAACCACCGCGUUGUGGCUGCUGGGAAUGCUUUGAAUUUGGGAAAGUUGUCAGCGUGUAAUGGAUUAGACAACAAGGCAUGCAAUGAUGUGAAUGGUUUUGGUGGUGUUAGGGGAAGCAGAGUGGUUGCAAAUGUCGGUGAUCACGGCGGCGGUAGCCACCACGAGGGAGGUGGCAGCAACGGCGGCGAUGAUUCGGCCUCCUCGGGGAGGAAGGUAAAGUUUCUGUGCAGUUUUGGCGGGAAGAUAUUGCCUAGGCCUAGUGAUGGAAUGUUGAGAUAUGUUGGGGGGCAAACAAGGAUCAUUAGUGUCAGGAGAGAUGUGAGUUUCAAUGAUUUGGUGCAAAAAAUGGUUGAGUCUUAUGGUCAGGCUGUGGUCAUCAAGUAUCAGCUUCCUGAGGAGGAUCUUGAUACAUUGGUUUCCGUGUCGUGCCACGAUGAUGUGGACAACAUGAUGGAGGAGUACGAGAAAUUGGUUGAGAGGUCUCAUGAUGGUUCUGCCAAGUUGAGGGUUUUUCUGUUUUCUGCUUCCGAGAGUAGUGAAUGUUCUUCUUCUUCUGGUGGGGUGCACUUUGGGGACUUGCAGGAUACAGGACAGAAGUAUUUUGAUGCUGUGAAUGGGAUUGGUAAUAGUACAGAGGGGAUCAAUAGGAAGGAGAGUGUUACAAGUGCUGCUUCAACCCAGAAUUCCGAUUUUAGUGGUGCUGAAACUCUUGAUAGUUCAAUUGUCAGUGGUGGGGUGCCCUUGUCAUCACCUAAGGAGAAUGUGUCAGCAGCUUCUUCUUCCGACACAACUGCAACAAAUUUGGUGGUUUUGGAGGUCCCCGGUGCACCGGUUUACUCGGGUGGUGCUUCCGCGGUUUCAUUGGCCAUGCCUGUGGCUAAGACUAAGACUAGUCCAACCGCAACCCACAAUCUUUAUUUUCAGAAUGAGGUAGAGUCAGAGAAGUCUGUGACUGUUACUUUAUCCCAGAACCCAUUUGGAUUGCAGCCUUUUGUUGAUGCUACUAGCCAGGAGGUUAUGAAUCAUGCAGCAGAUUAUGUCCAGCUGCCUUCACAGAUGGGCUUCACAAACCCUCAGCUUUUAGGAAAGACCGGCGGGCAUGUCUUCGCGCAACAGCAGUUUCAUGAUAGUACUCACCGUUUAGCAUUGCAUCAUCAGGUCAUCCCUGCUGGGGUACAAAUGACAGUGGCUCAACAACCAUCUUCUCAUGUUGGUGUAAGACCAAAUGUUGUUCAACCGCAGCAGCAACAUCUUUUGGAUCAAUACCAUGAUGAAAAUACUUCAGGAGGGGUAAGGAUUAUCCAGCUUCCUGCUGAACGUAGCUACAACACAUUCCAGGUUCCAAUGAAUCAAGUCCAACCCGUCAUAGUUGGAGGCAAUUAUGGCUGGGUUCAGGUUCCUCCACAAGAGCGUGUUGUUAUCUCUGAUGGAUUGUUACCUCAACAACAGGUAAUGAUCCCUGAGAAAAUCCGAAGAGCUGAGGACUGUUCUAUGUGUCAGAAAAAACUACCUCAUGCACAUUCAGAUCCAGUAGUUCAGGAUCAGCACGAUAGUCGUGGUGCAGGUUCUACUCCUGAUUCAACCCCAAGUCACAAUAGUUUCCCAAUAGAGGACAAUGUAAAAGCUCAAGCAACGAAUAGGAUUAUGCCAAUGGUGACUUCACCCUUGAAGGAAGGCAUUGCUGAACAGGGGGCUAGGACCAGACCCAGGGUCCUUGGCAAAUUGGAACCUCCUGAUGGAGUACAUCAUACUGAGACCAGUGGGUUUCCUCAUAAUAUUGAGCCACACACUGAAGGUGGGAGGAAUUUUAUACAAAAGCUAGAAGAAUGGGAUCAUCCCAGGAACUCGUUUUUCCAGGAAAAGAUUGGAAUGAAAGGCAGAGAACAAUCUCCAAACGACGAGCCCCUGGGAACAACACCAUUGUCUUAUCUAGAUGAUGUUGGCAACCACCACUUGGUAUCAGUUGAGAACUGGGUUAAACAGGAUGUGCUUAAUCAUAUACCUUUAGGUGAAGGAAAAUCUAUAAAAACUUCAGAGGGUAUGCUUCAAGGAUCUCAAAAGGAAUAUACUAAUGAGCUUUCCAGGGUUGUUUCUAAAUCAGAUGCGAUAGAUAAUUGGAUUAGACAAGACCAUCUAAAACCUGUUGAUGCAAGGAUGGACACCUUAAAGAUAACCAAUUCUGAAGUUUAUGUAAGUAAUGAUUACUCUUUUCUGCCAGUUGAUAAACCCAGUGGGAAUGAUAACUUAGAUUACAGCACUCACCACUCUGUAGAGGAAGAGGUGAUUCUGGAUAACAACUUUGGCAGGUCUAAACUGAGAGUUGAUGUAAAUCAAAAUAAGAUGACAGGUGUGCUGCCUUGUUCUUCUAUGGAAAUUUCAUACAGGAACAAUUCCAGGCCAGGGGAAUGCAAUGAGGCCGCACAACCUCCAUUUUGGGGCAUUCCUGGCUCAAGUCCUCAAUCGAAUAUUGGCAACCCCCACAAGGGUGAUGCAUCACCAUCUUCACCAUCCUUGUCUCUUAGGUUUGGAGAUGUGCAGGAUACUAGGAACUCACUUUUCAGCAAUCAGGAUCCCUGGAAUAUACAGCAUGGUACCUUCUUUCCACCUUCUAUACCUAGCAAAACUGCUUAUAGUAAAGAAACCUAUUCUUGUAACGAUUCCUUUGAUGGGAAUUCGGGCAACUUUGGGGAACAAAGUUUAGAAGCACAGUUGGAUGGUAGCCUCUACCAGUCAUUCAAACAAAAUUUAACUAUAGAACAUGUUAGGUCUGCCAAAGGGUCAGCAGAAGACCAACAACUUCAAGCUGUUGCGGAAAAUGUAGCAGCUUCUGUUUUGCACUCAAGAACUCCUUCAAAUUCUGACUUGCAUUCCGGAGAUGUUUCCUGUUGCGAAACCAUUAAGUAUGACAGUGUUCAAAACAAUCUAAUAGAUGUCAAGUGUGGACAUAAAGCUCAGGAUGUCAAGAGCAAGCAACUGGAAAAGGCAAAUUUUGGCUUUCCAGCAUCAGGUGUUGGAAAACUACAGGUUAUAAAGAAUUGUGAUCUAGAAGAACUGAUAGAACUAGGUUCUGGUACCUUUGGGACCGUAUAUCAUGGAAAAUGGAGGGGCACCGAUGUUGCAAUCAAGCGGAUUACUGAUAGGUGUUUUGCCGGAAAGCCUUCAGAGCAAGAGCGCAUGAGAAGUGACUUCUGGAAUGAGGCAAUCAAACUUGCUGACUUGCACCACCCGAAUGUGGUAGCUUUCUACGGUGUUGUGCUUGAUGGCCCAGGAGGUUCUGUGGCAACAGUAACUGAGUAUAUGGUUAAUGGUUCUUUAAGAAAUGCCUUGCAGAAGACUGAGAGGAAUCUUGACAAGCGCAAAUGUCUUUUGAUUGCAAUGGACGUGGCCUUUGGCAUGGAGUACCUGCAUGGAAAAAACAUUGUACACUUUGACUUGAAAAGUGAUAACUUGCUUGUGAAUAUCCGAGAUCCUCACCGCCCAAUAUGCAAGGUUGGCGACUUGGGUCUGUCCAAAGUAAAAUGUCAGACACUGAUCUCUGGUGGUGUGAGAGGAACUCUACCAUGGAUGGCUCCAGAACUGCUGAACGGAAGCAGUAGCCUUGUUUCAGAGAAGGUUGAUGUUUUUUCAUUUGGUAUUGUGAUGUGGGAACUCUUGACUGGAGAGGAGCCAUAUGCUGACUUGCACUAUGGUGCUAUCAUAGGUGGUAUUGUUAGCAACACUUUGCGCCCUCCUGUUCCCUCAUCUUGCGAUCCAGAAUGGAGAUUGUUGAUGGAGAGGUGCUGGUCAUCAGAGCCAUCAGAGAGACCUACCUUCACUGAGAUUGCCAAUGAAUUACGUUCUUUAGCGACCAAGGUAUCCUAUCCCAGAGGACAAAACUCUCCUAAAGGACAAAACCAACAUCAGCAACACUCUCCAUUGCAUACUCAAGUCCACAAAUGAUUUUCCCUUGAUUUGUGUUUUUCAUCCAAUUGCAUAUUAUAGGGAAGGAAUGAUUUGUUAAUUGGUUCAGAUAGAUAUAUUUACCAAGGUUGUUAACAAGUGUAGCUUUUUUAGUUUUUCUCCAUAUAUUUUCUAUUUACUUACAACCCCCAAUAUGAAACGUGUGCAAAAAGAGAAAAAAAAGACAAAGAAAACAGAAGAGAAAACAAUUUGUCAAUAUUUUUUAUAUUGCUAGUUAAAAUUGUAAAAACUUGUAUCGGUAUUCUUUAAAUCUUGUGCAUUCAUUGAAAUUUCAUUAUGAUCGAAUAUCGCGUGUAGAGUGCGCGUGGAAGUUGUC